AUUGGAAACAAUGUGUUUGGUUCAUUCCAAACAGAGGUUUACCUGUGCAUAAAGAUGAAAAUGUCUAUUUAAAUGCCAUUCAUACCAAUAUUAGCAUCACUUAUGAGGUAAAAACAAUUUCUCAAAAUAUGGAAGCUAGACAGUCCAAACCAGAUGCCCAAGAUUGUCAAGUCCUUUUAUCACCAGAAAGAAUUGCACUUUAUGGGGACAGCAAUUGGAGAUGUUCAGUGCUUGAAGCAGUUCACAAUGCUAUAAAGCAUAAAGUGUCUCCUUUGUGCUUUGUUGCUGAUGACAGCAUUUUCUUGACAAUUGCUAUUGCUCAACUUGGCAGAGCAUCAAAUGUCAAUGUCAAAUCUGCAUUUCCCGGUCUGGGAGAGAAAGGAGAACAGUAUCUGCAAGCUGUUGCUGAUUCAAACGGCUACUCGAUGGAUUGCAUUACUGUUUUAAAACAGAGAUACUCAGGCUUAAACAUGGAGGCCACACAUGGAAGAAAGGUUGAUGUAUUGGUUGCAGAACCUUUCUAUUAUGGAAGAGAUGGUUUACUCCCAUGGCAAAAUUUGCGGUUUUGGAAGGAAAGAACUAUGAUGGAACCCUUAUUGUCAAAAGAUGUGGUGAUAAUGCCUUGUAAAGGGCUUUUGAAGGCAUGUGCAAUGUACCUUGCCGAUCUUUGGAGAAGUCGGCAAUGCCUGAAACACAUCGAAGGUUUUGACCAUUCUGUGGUCAAUUCCACUUUAGGUGCAUGUGGAGAUUUACCUGCAGGGGAAGGGAGCCCUUGUCUGCCCUUCUUUAUUUGGCAAUGUGGGGAGACUAAGAAACUGAGUGAACCCAUUACUGUAAUGGAGUUCAAUUUCCAAGAACCAAUGCGGCUGUGCUCCGGAGAAGCUGAGUUUGAAUUUACGGAGCCAGGAUUGUGCCAUGGACUGGUGCUUUGGAUUGAUUGGGUAAUGGAUGCGGGAGAGUCCAUCAUCAUAUCGACUGGGCCAGAACAAAGAUAUUGGAAGCAAGGGGUGAAGCUUUUGGAGAAGCCUGUGACAGUACAGAGCGGGGAAUGCAUCUCCGGAUCACAUUGCUCGUCAAAGAUUGUGUGCUCGUUAGAUCCAAGAAGUGCUGACCUUAGCGUGGAACUUACUUUUGUAUGAACUCUUUGCUCUUCUUGUUUGUUCUUAAAUGGUUCAUUAUGACUUUUUACGUACAUUAAAAAUUGAAUGAAUAUGGACACACUAUGUGUCCGCAUUCAAAUGAUUUUUUAAUGAGGGAGGGUACUCCGUAGUGAGGCUCGGGUUGUAAAUGGAGAUAUACUUAUUCCCUCCCUAACAAAAAAAUGUAACAUUUUUUUGUUGUUCGAGUAGAACUAUUUCUUGGUAAAACAAAUAGGGGUGUGUUUG